AUGGUGUCCUUUGCUUCUGAAGCACCAUGGAUUUUAAAGAAAGAUCUUCCUCCAAGUGAAAAACCAAUUAUUGAUAAAAAAAUUUAUGAGCCACCAGAUAUUAAACCUGAUAUUAAACCAGAUAUCAGACCAGAUAUCGAACCAGAUAUUAAACCAGAUAUUGAACGAGUUAUUGAAUAUGAAUAUGAUCCAGAAAAAGUAGCAGAGCUUCGGGAGUUUUAUGAAUUAGAGCCUAAAAUCAAAGAAGAAGAUGUGGUAGAGAUUCCUAAAAUCAAAAAAGAACCAGAAAUUAUAAAAGAAUAUCCUCCUGAAGUCCCUGAGGUCGUAGAGAUUAAAAAAGAAUAUCCUCCUGAGGUUCCAGAGAUUGCAAAAGAAUAUCCUCCGGGAGUCCCAGAGAUUGUAAAAGAAUAUCCUCCUGGGGUCCCAGAGAUUGUAAAAGAAUAUCCUCCUGGAGUCCCAGAGAUCGUAAAAGAAUAUCCUCCUGGAGUCCCAGAGGUUGUAAAAGAAUAUCCUCCUGGGGUUCCAGAAAUUGUAAAAGAAUAUCCUCCUGGAGUCCCAGAGAUUGUAAAAGAAUAUCCUCCCGAGGUCGCAGAAAUUAUAAAAGAAUAUCCUCCAGAAGUUCCAAAAAUUCAUAUAGAAUCUGCUACACAGUGGGACGUAGACGAGGGUAAUUACGAUGUACAUGAUUAA